CUCUCUCUCUCUUCCAAUUCCAAAUCGCCGCCCCACACCCUCGUCUCGUCCCGGUUCCCCACCCUACCCAGCCUCCGAUUCCGAUCCCAUCUCACGCCGCCGCGCUCAUGUGACACUCCCUCCCGCUCUCGCGCUCACUCACACUCCCACCGCCAGCCAGCCCGCCGUCCCAAUUUCAACCCUCCGAGAUUGGGCGCACCUAAUAAAUCCCCCGCCUUGGAAUCGGGGGCAUGGGCCAGGAGGGGAUGGGGUACACCAGCGCCAAGGCCGGCGGCGGCGGCGGCGGAGGGGCCCUCCCCAUGUCAGCGGCUCGGGCGCGGGGGGCGUCGCCGCUCAACGCCCACCACCGCUCGCGCAAGAUCACCCGCACCUUCAACAACAUCAAGAUCACCGUGCUCUGCGGCCUCGUCACCAUCCUCGUCCUCCGGGGCACCAUCGGCCUCAACCUCUCCCUCCCCUCCCACCCCUCCGACGCCGACGCCCUCGCCGGCGCCAAGGCCGUCGAGGACAUCGACCGCAUCCUCCGCGAGAUCCGCACCGACUCCGACCCCGCCGACACCGACCUCCUGGACGACGCCGCCGCCAAACCCAUCAACGCCACCUCCCUCACCGCCUCGGAGGCGGCCGCGGCCUACGCCGCCGCGGUAGCGAACUACGCGCUCGGCCCCAAGAUCCACGACUGGGACGACCAGCGCCGGCGCUGGCUCGACCAAAACAAAGGCUUCCCAUCCACCGCCCCCGACGGCAAGCCCAAGAUCCUGCUCGUGACCGGCUCGCAGCCAGGGCCCUGCGACAACGCGCUCGGCGACCACUACCUGCUCAAGACAACCAAGAACAAGAUCGACUACUGCCGCCUCCACGGCAUCGAGAUCGUGCACAACCUCGCGCACCUCGACACCCAGCUCGCCGGCUACUGGGCCAAGCUGCCGCUCAUCCGCCGCCUCAUGCUCUCGCACCCGGAGGUCGAGUGGAUCUGGUGGAUGGACAGCGACGCGCUCUUCACCGACAUGGCCUUCGAGCUGCCCCUCGACCGCUACCACGGCCGCAACCUCGUCAUCCACGGCUACCAGGACCUCCUCUUCGACAAGCACUCCUGGAUCGCGCUCAACACCGGCAGCUUCCUCUUCCGGAACACCCAGUGGUCGCUCGACCUACUCGACGCCUGGGCGCCCAUGGGGCCCAAGGGCUUCAUCCGCGAGGAGGCCGGCAAGAUUCUCACCGCCUACCUCAAGGGCCGCCCCGCGUUCGAGGCCGACGACCAGUCCGCGCUCAUAUACCUCCUGCUCUCCCAGAAGGACAAGUGGAUGGACAAGGUCUUCAUAGAGAAUUCCUACUACCUGCACGGCUUCUGGGCGGGGCUGGUGGACAAGUACGAGGAGAUGAUGGAGAACCACCACCCGGGCCUCGGGGACGAGCGCUGGCCGUUCGUCACGCACUUUGUCGGAUGCAAGCCGUGCGGGAGCUACGGCGAUUAUCCCGUGGAGCGCUGUCUCAAGAGUAUGGAGAGAGCGUUCAACUUUGCCGAUAACCAGGUGCUGCGACUCUACGGGUUUGGCCAUAAGGGGCUGGAGAGCCCCAAGAUCAAGAGGAUCAGAAGCCAGACCACCAGGCCGAUUAACGACAAGGAGAACCUUGAUGUCAAGGCCAAGAUGAUGUCUUGAAGCUCGGCCAUAAGGCAAUAGCAUAGGCUCUCUCCAAGGUCAGAGCAUUUUGUUACUUGGGAUGUUGUUUAGUUCCUGCUAUUUUUUCUUCUUCUUUCCUUUUUUGUUUCACGGGUUUUUCAUGUUAUGUGUAAUAGUUAGAGAUUGCACAAGCUAUGUUUCUCAUCAACUUAUUAAACACGAUUGUAUUCUAGCUCAAAUCAGAUGAAAAUAGCAUCACUUUUCUACCGUA